AUGAAGUACCUCGAUCAGGCCCUGAAUGGUCUUGGGAGGCAUUCGGAAGCGGAUCAGAUUGCGGCCAAUUUGCGACGAUACUGGAAAGCAAAUGUCCGCAGUGAUUGGAUUGCCAAAGGUCGUCCCACGCAGGGGUCAGUCCAUUCGCGACUCAUUCUCAAUCACCACAACGAUUAUCAUGUUCUGGCCAAGCAAUGCUACGAGCCAGAGCCUCAAAAAGAUGGAGUUAGCAACGCUCAUUUCAAAGUUUUGGCCUUCCCAAAAGACGAGAUUCUCUUGCCCCACCGACUCUUCAAAUUAGAAGAGACUGCAGGGAUGUUUGUGCUCAACGAACACGUGAACGAGGAGGGAUCAGUAACAUCACCAGAAAUGGUGGUACGAUCGUAUGAAGAAACCAUGCCCGAUAUCCGUGUGGUGGCAGGACACGUGGUGGAGUUCUUGGGUGGAGAAGAGGAGAGGAGUAACGGCCUCUUGCACAAAGCAAUCCAGUCAGUGGCCAGUCGUCACCUUCCAGUCACCUACACCAAGCUUGACACCACGGACAAUAAAGAUGCGUCGGUCCCUGUCUGUGACUUGGAUGUUGCGGAAUCAACCGUGUCAUCUUCUACGUCGUUUCACGAUAUCGUCUGA